CAACAACAUUAAAUAUACAUGAGCACCAACUUUAGGAGAUCAUUAAGACAUUAACUAUAAAAAUUUUACUAAUUUUGCUUGAUAACUCAAAGCCUAAUACAAGACAAUAGAAUAUUAAAAAAAAAAAUUGGAACACAAGACACACAACAACUGCUCCAAAAAUUUCACUUAAUUUUGCUUUAUUACCCAAACCCUUAUUAGAAGAUAAAAGAAUAUUAAAAAAUAGUAAACGAAAUACAAGGUAAUAAUAUUAAUAAUAAAUCUUUCGUCCGGUCCGGUUGCGUGCGCGGAGCGAACCCCGUGUCCUCCGCCCCAUGAUUCUUUCAUCAGAACUUGCGUCCACGGUGCUCUCCUCGUCGCCGCCUUCCGUCACGCCCUUUCCCGGCCAUCGCCUCUCGCGCUCGUUAUCCACCUUCUCUCGUUCUCCCCGCUCUCCUCCAUCCAUCUUCUUCCCUCUCAUUUCCUUCCUAUCCGCCGCCGUACGGCGGACCUCGAUCCGGCGGAAGGAGCCAGGUUGGAGACGCUGAGCAAGGCUCUGCCCAAGAAAUGGUGGAAUCUUUAGGUACGGGUGGUAUGGGACGAGUUUACGACCAUGGCGAUGGAUGCCUCGGUCGGACCCUCUCCGGCGGGCUCCGGCCGUGUCGGUGCCCGGAUUUCGAGGGCAUUAGGGUUGCCCUGGAUCGCGUGUAAGACUCUUGGCCUUGGGUUCUUGUCCUCUGCUUCCAAACCCUACCCUGCUUUUAUAGGCAAUUUCUUGGAUGAUGCAUUUAAUUCCGAAGGUUCGAGACAGUCCCGCGCUCUUGCAUAAGGUUCGAGAUGGUCAUGCUCCGGUGCAUGUAUUAAAUGGUGAAGCUUCGAGAUGGUCGCGCGUUCUUGCACCCCCACCAGAUACCCCAUGCUCCAGCUGUCAGAAAGUGAAGUCAUCUUUGAACAUCUGGUACUGAUAACAGGUUUGCUUAAUAGUUAUUAUAGAGUGUCAGAGAAAGAUUUUGGAUGGUGGACUUCUGUUCAUCAGUCCAACAUGUAGUCAAGCUCCAUGAAGAGUAGCUGCAGUCUCUGAGCACCAGAUGAACCCAGUUGUUAGACUACAUAAGAGAGGCUGCUGUGAUUGCAACAAGACCAGUCACUGUUUGAUGUUUUAAGAUUGGAAUCACUGUUUCUUCUUGGGAGUCCUGGUUCUUCUACUUGUGAGUGGCGAGCUUGGCAACUGUGACCAGAGACCAAUGAUCAAAGUGAUCGGCUUGCUCUUCACCUUUCCCACUUCCAUGCAUGGCAGUCUCUUGGAUCAUUCCAUCUUCUCAUGCCUUGGUGGCUUUGGGGCUUCAUGAUCGUGGCUUGAUGCCCCCCUAUCGUGGCAUUGGGGCAUCACUUGGUUCGUGUUAGUUCUUUGGGUUUGAACAACAGGAAUAGGAUGAAUUUGCAAUCCUCAGAAAUGGAAUUGGUUACCUAUUUCUCUUUUUUCGUCUUCCCUGUUACUAUCAUGACACAGGAUUGGAGAUUUAUCCAUCUGCAAGAAAACCCCUCAUCAUGCUCUUGACAAACGGUAGAUUUGAUUUAUCCAACUAAUAUAAAUUUUUUAUCCAAUACCUGUCAGUCUUUUUCAUGAUUUCUAUUUAUCUAGUGGCUAUCUAAUAGACAUAUUCUGAUAUUCCUUUUUCCCUCAUGUUAACCACAAUAAUGUGGAUUCAGUAGAAAGAGAGUGUCCAUAUCCUCUCACUAGCGUUCUUCAGAAAAACCAUCCUAUAGAAACAACACAUGUAUGUAAGCACUCGCAAAUUGCUCCGACAUCAAAAAUAAGCACCAGCUGUUGGAAAAAGAACGAAGUACUUGAUUUAAGCUUGCCUUCAUUAGAUUAGCCAAAAGCACCUUUGUGCCGCUACACUACAAGAAGUCCAGAAGAAAUAGAAAAUAAAAUAAGAAAACACAAAAUAAUCGAUCUCCCCGUUCGAGGCCGUGUUAGGAUUGCUGCGCCCCGAGCACCGUGUUGCCCCAAGAUUCCCUGAUGAUUGAGCUCGGCUUCGGUUCUCUUCCUCCAAGAAUUUUGCCCUAUCCUUCUCAAUCCUCGUUACCUGGAACACCCUUCUCAAUCCUCGUUACCUGGAACACCCUCCUCGGCCCCUCCGCUUCCCUCAGCUUUUGAUGCCUUCGUUUUCUUACAGCGGGGUUUCCAGCCGCCAGAUCGUGGUUAUUGUUGCGGCAGCGACCAGAAAAUGCCCCGUCUGCGGCGGGAUCUUUAGGUAAGAGUGGUAUGGGACGGCAUGACAUCGGUGGCGCUGAGGGCAUCGGUCGGACCCUCUCCGGUGGGCUCCGGGCGUGCCGGUGCCCGGACAUGGACGGCGUUAGGGUUGUUCUGGAUUCCGGAAUAUGUGGCCGGACUCGACGCGGAGUCGACUUCUUGGGGGUAUGCUUCCCAAACCCUAUAAGAAAUUUCUUGACUGAUGAAUUUAAUUUGGAAGGUUCGAGACCGUUACGCGUUUGUGCAUGUAUUAAUGGCGAAAGUUCCGGCUUGUCACUCAUUCUUGCAUCCCCGAUAGACACCAUGCUGAAGCUGUCGGAAAGUGGUGAUAAUUAUGUGCAGUUAAAUUCGAAUAGAUAUCAAUUUGAGAUCUGGUGGUUCACAGGGUAUGUGCUGGUAGCAUUCCAUUAAAUGGAUUCAUUGCAAAGUAGAUGCUUCUUGCUCCGUCAACUGGUAAACUCAGAAUGAACACAUUGCAUUCCCCAAGAUUAAGGCUUAGUGCCUUUUGCCAUGGUUGCUAUCUCCCGAAGCAACAGAAGUUUGUGACUUUACCCUGAAGUCUAUAAAAGUUAAUCUGCAGUCUGAUAUGCUUUUUGCUACAAAAAAUCAAACAGCACAGCUACUGAUUUAGGACUGUAUGCACUGGUUUAUCAGUUUUGGCUGAUUGUAUUAGUUUUAAACACUAAUCAGUCACUCUUGCAUUCAAAAGUUUUUUUUCCUUGCAUAGAUGCAACAUGCUUAUUCAGUAAAUAAUAAUAAAGAUCAUGAAGUAAUUGGGAAUGGGGAAAUAAGGCUUAUUGCUUAACAUCAGAGAAAUAUUUCUGAUAUAUGGCUUCUGUUCACCAGUCUAGCAUGUUGUCAAGGUCCUUGAAGUAUAGUUGCAACUUGCAAGUGCAUACGCAACUAGAUUUUCAUCCAAGCUUUCUGAUUUUGACACUAUUUAUCAGAUGUGCAGUUUUAUAGUUUCAUCUUAGCUGCAUUUAUACUUAUUUUUAACUUCACUUGGCAUCUCAUUUCUCUUAUAUCAUAUGAUUUUUUGUAUUUUUCUCGUCCAUUUUUUUUAAAUUUUCUGAUGUCUUUUUAUCAGUGUGGCAUUAGGAUUAAAAACAAAGACAUCUUUAUUCUUCAAAAAGAAUCAAUGCUGAGUUUUCAUGUGGUGUGCCGUUGUCAGAAUUCAUAAGGCACCUUUUGUGGUAUCUUGUGACCUAUAAAAUUGUAGAACAUCUGGUAACUAGUUACAAAAUACUUAUCUUUGUUAAAUUUUUUUUGCCAAGUUAUUCAGUCCUAUCAUUGUGCUAUAAUUUCUGGUGUACAACUUCUUGAAGUCGGAAGAGUAACAGCUUUCUUUACCAAAGUGAUGCCUUUGGUACUGUAUAUAGUCAUAGCCAAACUCAUUAUUGGUGCAACUGCUUGUUUCAUUAUGUUCUUUCGCCUGCAUUAUUUUUGUCUUCAUGGAUUUCUUUAUCCUAGAUUCAUAUUAAAAUUCCUAGUCAUGGUGACUCUGAAGACGGGAUUUCAGUUAUGAGAAUGUACCACAGAUUGAUUUAGUAAAUCAGAAACUUGUUAUUGUCAAUACAAUUCGAUAUGUUUUAGAGAAUGGCAUUCGAAAAGAACCAGAAGGAAAAAGAAACUUGUGAAAAAGUUCCUAUGAAGUUCAUUAGUGAAAAACAUCUGCCGGCGUUGCAUUAUGGGACUCUGCUUCUGUUGGUCCUCAUCAGCUUUUCUCGUGAAUGUAUCUAUACAAGGAAUGUAUCAUAUACUCAUCCUACAAAAAAAAAAUCUUCUGCAGUUGAUAUAUGUAAGUGAAAAUUUUCGCAACACUGACAGAACUAACCACAUGUAAUGAACAAAAUGUCAGAAUGUCGUCAUCAAUUUAGAAGCACCAUGGAGAUAAUCCAAGCAGCAAAAUCUAAACAUUCAAUCAUCAUAAAAUCAUAAAACUUUAUCAUGUAGGAACUAAAUGCUAAUGUUACUGGUUGCACAUAACCUCUUGCUAAUUAUGGUUUACACCAUGCUUCGUAACGUCAGUUGAUUCGAUAGCAUGUAUGCAAUCUUGAGGAUGACGGAUCCAGUAUAACGUUGUGCCUGAAAAGGGAGAACUUUAUCUGAUUCUAUGCAUUCAUUGAGUUUGAAAAUGGAGAAAUUUAUCUGACACUUAGCAAUAAAAAUCGACACAUUAUUCUCGUGCAGGUUUAAUGUAUCUUUUUGUUUCUAAAUUUACCUUGAAAUUAAAAAUUUGAAGUGCUAGGAAACUCAAGAACAUCUCUUACCAUAAUAAUGAAUAUUUGUCUCUUGUCAAGUUCAUUUGCUUGCUGGUUAACAUGUGGGAUGAAAAUUGCUGAGUUGAUGUGUCAAACACUGUCUGGACUUUUUAGUUGCAACCUACUAAAUUACACUGGUUUAUCAAGUUGGCUCUUCCAAGCACGUCAGAGAAGGAAGCCCACCGACUAAUGGGAGAUGUUAUGGAGGAAGUACUUUUGGUGAUCUUUCCAUGCUGCAUGUUGAAUCCCUGAAACAGUGGUGAAGGUAAACUUUGUAGAUCGAUCUGUUAAUAAUGGAGACUUGACUUUUCUGAAAACCUAUUUAGUAAAGACAAUCUUCAAAGUAGCAUGUUGUUUCUAGUGCAAAUCAAAUAUGUAGUUGAUCUUGGAAAAUCUAGAGCCUGCUGGUCUGUGCAUCAUCGCAUAAAAAAAUUGAGGGAACUGUUGGUUAAGAGGCUUGAAACCCAUUUUAGUGAAAUGAUAAAGAGGGCUGCUCAAUGGAUUUCAAUAUAGGACAAUACAUUCUUAUAUAGUUGAACUGCUUGGUAUCAUAAUCAGUUGUGAUGUUCUCAAUGCCACAGGUUCCCCAAACUCUGAUGGAUUUAAUAAAAUCGCAGCUGCAUUUCAUUUUGCUGUUAUGUCUUUUCUUUUAAUGAAACUAGCUAAUCUGAGCCUAGCUGAGGUCUCAUUUUGGAGAAAUUCCAUCCCGUUGUGCAUCUGCUAUUUGCUUUACAUGAGCUAAGGGAUGGAUGCUGUGAGCCAAGUUUAUGUAAAUGAUCCUUCACUCCUUUUUAGUGCAAACUAGGGUGAUGGAAGAAGAAUCUGAGUUAGCUAUCAAAAGUUCUGAUCUAUAAUUCCUCUUUUCAACAGGGCAACCAAGGUUACGGAAGUGGUUUUUCCUGGGUAGAAAGUUAUGCUACUAACUUCUGUGAAUUAAUAUGAGGUAACCUUACUUGUGUUCAUUUCGUUCUUCUACAAACAAGCCUAUGAUGUAGCACCUAGACUUUUUUUUAAAAAAAAAAAACAAAGAAAAAACAAUGCGCAUUGAAUUGAUUAAACGAUCUAGGGGUUGUGAUUAUAAUAACAAAUUAAUAAUGCUAUAUAUUUUUCACAAAUCAAAGCAUUGGCUCCCACCCUAGGAAUUCUUUCUCAUGCAAAGGUUCCAAAAUGCGAAUUAGAAUAAUUUCAACAAGUGUUUUAUUGGCGUAGAAAUAUCUCAUGUCGAGUUGAAGUGUUGGACAACUUCAUUUUCCUACUCUGGAACAAGAAAGGAAAAUAGAUAAAAGGUGGGGUAAAUGGCUCGGUACUUUGUACGAACAGAUGGGCCUCGCAAUUUGGGUGGCCCAGGUCCCCUUGAGCCCGGUUCCAGUUGGGGAGGCCGGUGGAUGCUUUAUGAACCGACCCAGGUGCAACCCAUCUAGAAAUUGUCCCGAAACCGAGCUAGGGCUUUCGCUCAUUACCAUCUCGGGGUCUGAAAGAUCCCGAAGCCAACGGCUUGGCUCUCGCUCUCCCUAUGAAUUCUUCAACCCUAGAUCAGAUUGAGGUGCCGAUUCCAACACGUAAAAAUUCUUCCUCUUUUUCUUCUUCUUCUUCUUCUUCUUGAUUUGCGCAAGUUUGGAAAGAUCUCAUCUAGGGAUCUAAAGUUUCGAUCUUUCGCCACUGUUCCAUUAUCCUAGGGUUUCGAGAAUUAGGUUUUAUUGAUGGAGAGAUUCGGGGACGACUUGCUAGGGUUCGUGCUGAAGAGGGUCACCGAUAGAAGAGACCGCCAAUCUUGCUCGGAGGUCUCGAGGCAGUGGGCGAGAGUGGAGGGCCUCACCCGCGCUUCUCUUCGAGUCCUCGAACCUGCAUUCAUGCCUUCUUUCCUCCCAAGGUUCCCGAAUCUAGUAACCCUCGAGACCGGCAAGAGAAUUCCUGAUUUCAGCCUUGAGACCGUGGCGACAACGUGCCCCAAUCUCCGAACGCUCAACCUGAAUGUCCAUCUAAACCUCAUGGCGUCUCGAGAAUUCGAGGAAUCGGAAUUGGAUGAUGUCAGUGAUAAUGGGUUGCGUGCCGUUGCUGCCGGGUGCCGGCAGCUGAUGAAUGUCACCCUAAGAAGGAGAAAAGGAAUCGCAGAUGUCGGUGUGAUUGCCCUAGCAAGGAAUGCCAGGAAUUUAUCAGUUCUUGAUCUGUCAUGGUGUGAUAGCAUCACCAAUAUGGCGCUCAGCGCGAUUAGCAUGCUGAGCUCGUUGACAGUUUUGUGCCUCCAAGGAUGCACCUUGGUGACAGAUUUGGGCUUGUGUUAUUUGGCCAUGGGAUCGUCGUCGAGAACUCUAAGGAAACUGGAUCUCUCUGAAUGCCAUCAGAUUACAGAUACUGGUGUCUGUAUGUUGUCGGAGAUGUCUGGUUUGCAGGAAUUGAAUCUGGCAGAGUGUGGCUCAGCAAUUACUGACAUAGGUGGUGUUGCCCUUGCUGCGGUUCAUAGUCUCGCGAGAUUGGAUUUGUCAUACAUCAUCAAUCUAUCAGAUGUGACACUCUUUGCUGUGGCUCGGAACUGCAGGAAUCUGGUGAAGAUGAAUGUGGCAGGUUGCGAACUGAUCACUGGUGAGGGGAUCCGAUCAUUCUCAGGCCACGGAUCGUUGGAGAUCCUUGUGUUAGUUUCUUGUUGUAAUGUCUCUGCUGAUGAUGUUGAGCAUACAGUGUUGGCCUGUCGGUCUUUGAGGUAUGUGGGGUUGGAUGGGGCACUAAGGGGCUGGAUGUCGUCUUCAGUGCAGGAGAAGCUUAGUCAGAUGUGCAGGAUAGAUUGGUUCUGAGAGGCCGAUCCAAUGACUUGUGUUGGUUGUUGGAUGUCUGCACCUUGAAGUCUCAUAUUUUUUUCUUCUAUUUAUCUUUUGAAUUUUCAUGAUCUUUUCUGUUUAUUGGGUCCACAUUUCUAUACAGUUGCAAGUUAAUUGGAUGAUUUUUAGCAAAAUACAAAUUUUAUCUUCUGUA